AUGGUUAUCUGCAUCAAAGUUUGUUCGCAGAACUGCCGUGGUCAUACCAGAGUGACCGACAAAGCCGGCGUCACGAUGUCAAGGGAUUAUCUGCGCAACACCAUCAACCAAUCAAAUAGAUCAUACAUGAAACAAAACCCAAUCUGGAUUCUGCAGGACCACAUGGGCGUCCACGAGUAG